AUGCUCUCCAAGCUCAAGAGAACGUGCAGGCGUAUUAUUGGGUCCUCGGACGAGGAUAUCCCUGUGAUUUCGUCGCGGGACUGGGCCGAGAACCUCGCGCAAAACCCCAGUCGCCGAGCGAUCGACUAUGUGACGAGUCUCUUCCCGAUCUUCAGCUGGAUCACCCGCUACAACCUUGGAUGGGCCAGUGGGGACGUCAUCGCCGGGCUCACCGUGGGCAUCGUUCUGGUCCCUCAAAGCAUGUCCUACGCCCAGAUCGCCACACUCCCUCCCGAGUACGGACUGUAUUCGUCUUUCGUUGGGGUCCUUGUGUACUGUUUCUUCGCCACAUCGAAAGAUGUCUCCAUCGGUCCCGUCGCCGUCAUGUCUCUCACCGUCGCGCAGAUCAUCAAACACGUGAACGACAGCCACCCGGACGUGUGGGCGGGUCCGCAGAUCGCCACCACGGUCGCCUUUAUAUGUGGCUUCAUCGUCCUCGGGAUUGGCCUACUGCGCCUCGGAUGGCUCGUCGAGUUCAUCCCCGCGCCUGCGGUCAGCGGGUUCAUGACAGGAUCAGCGCUCAACAUCGUGUCUGGCCAGCUCCCGGGACUGAUGGGUAUCAGCGGCUUCGACACCCGCGCGGCGACUUACAAAGUGUUCAUCAAUACACUGAAGGGGCUUCCACGCACGAAGCUUGACGCCGCCUUCGGAAUCACCGGGCUGGUGUCUCUGUACGCCAUCCGCUGGAUCUGUGACCGCCUUUCCAAGCGCUACCCUACCAAAGCGCGGUUCUUCUUCUUCAUGUCCGUCUUCCGGAACGCGUUCGUCAUCGUCGUUCUCACGAUCGCAUCCUGGCUGUUUACUCGCCACCGCAAGGGGUCCGACGGCAAGUACCCCAUCAAGAUCCUGCAGGAUGUGCCGAGGGGCUUCAAGCACCUGGGCCAGCCGAUUAUCGACCCAGAGCUCGUGAAGGCGCUCGCCGGGGAGCUCCCCGUCGCUACUAUCAUCCUCUUCUUGGAGCACAUCGCCAUUUCGAAGUCCUUCGGUCGGGUGAACGGGUACAAGAUCGAUCCCAACCAGGAGCUAAUCGCCAUCGGCGUGACCAACACCAUCGGCACGCUCUUCGGCGCAUACCCCGCGACCGGCUCCUUCUCGCGCUCCGCCCUGCAGUCCAAGUCCGGCGUGCGCUCGCCCGCGUCCGGCCUCUUCAGCGCCGUCGUCGUCAUCGUCGCGCUCUACGGGCUCACCCCCGCCUUCUUCUGGAUCCCCUCCGCCGCGCUGUCCGCGGUGAUCGUGCACGCCGUCGCGGACCUCGUCGCGUCCCCGCGGCAGGUGUACUCCUUCUGGCGCGUGUCGCCCGUCGAGCUCGUCAUCUGGGUCGCGUCCGUGCUCGUGACCGUGUUCGCGACGAUCGAGGACGGGAUCUACACGUCCGUCGCCGCGUCGCUCGCGCUCCUUCUCGUGCGGCUCGCGCGCCCGCGCGGGCACUUCCUCGGGCGCGUCACGCUGCACAACACCAACGAGUCCAGCUCGCGCGACGUGUAUAUCCCGCUGAGCCCGAACAAGUUCCUGAUGAAUGAACAUGUGAAGGUGUACCCGCCGUCCCCAGGCGUAGUCGUGUACCGCUUCGAGGAGAGCUUCCUGUACCCGAACUCGUCGCUCGUGAACGACGCGAUCGUGGACUUCGCGAAGGCGCACACGCGCCGCGGACGCGACAUGACAGGGGUGAAAUCUGGGGACCGCCCGUGGAACGACCCGGGGAAGAACAACGAGGUCGAGGACAACGCCGAGAAGCCGCUGCUGCACGCCGUCGUGCUGGAUUUCUCUGCAGUGUCACACCUGGACACGACGGGCGUGCAGGCCCUCAUCGACACCCGGACGGAGGUGGAGCGGUGGGCGGACCACCCCGUAGAGUUCCACUUCGCCACGAUACUCUCGCCCUGGAUCCGUCGCGCGCUCGUGGCAGGGGGCUUCGGCGGCGGCACCCUUACGACGCGCAUGCACGAGGAGAUCGCGCCCGUCACCCGGUACCACGACCAGUACAUCGCCGACCCGGAGCACAUCGGCCCCGCCAAGGGCACGCACGAGCGGGAGGACGACCUCGAGGCGCCGCCGAACAUUGCACAGAUCAGCGUGCGCUCGUCGUCUGAGGGCACGGUGCGGUCGGUCCCGGGCGACGCGGCGGCCCCGAUGAUGCUCCCUUCGACGCCGUUCUUCCACCUCGACGUCGCGACCGCGGUGCGCGCGGCGGAGGGCGGUGUUACCCGCCCGUCGUCUAUAAUGGAGACGGGCAAGGUCUGA